AGGCGACGCGAGGCAGCAUCGCGCCCCCGGUGAAAUCUUUAGUCGCCAAGUAGAGGAGUAGAGGAACGAGGCCAGCAAGGGAAUAAUGCCCAACAGUGUAAGCAGUGCGCACGGCGGCCGGGCGACCUCGUCAACCGCAGCCGUCGGCGAAGCGAGCGUAGAAUUUUUGUGCAAGAAGUUUACGAAUCUCUUUUCGCACCUGCAGCAGGCGGAAGCCGAAAAAGCGGACCUUCAGCAGGAACGAGACCAGCUUCGCAUUGACCUCGACACGCUACAGUCGCACAAAGAAACAAGUGACAACCUCACCGCGGCGAGUCUGGCCAAUCUCCGGGGAGAUCUGGAAUCCAGUAAGCGGGAGCGGCACGCUUUGCAGGCACAGAACCUAGCGCGCGAACGUGAGCAGUACAGUACUUUUCUAUCUAGUUGCAUUUGUUUUUGACAAUGGUGGGUUUGUUCGAUUUAGUGUUGUUAACUUUUUACGUUCUCGCGGCUGCGCUGCGAGCGUUAGAAUUUGCGUCGCACAACAAAAAAAAGAAAAAUAGGAUUUUUUUUUCACGACGCAUCUUCAUGCGCAAAGAAAAGCUACUUACAUCAAAUCCCGUUCCUACAACCGAGGCGCCAAUGAUCCUCCAGACCUAGAAAAUUCGGCGCGACAAUGUGGUCUCUCUUACACAAUCCGAAUGCAUUUGCGUGCACCGCCGAGAAAAAAUUUUGUGGUUCCACUCACCCUUCCGUAUUGAAAUGGUUUUGUCAAGAUCUGCUCCCGCUGCUGGUGCAUUGGGUCACGCGCACUUCGAAAUGACGUUCAUGUAUAAUUUCGGCGCUCCGAUUCAAAUUUCUGACAGGCAAAAACACAAAGCGGGACGGCCGAUUUUCUACUUUCGGCAGUAAUCAAUAACGCAUGGAUCUCCUUUUCUCUGUGACAUAUUUUUUCUUGUCUCUAGGAAUACGCAAUAUGAAGAAAAUGUCGUCAUUCGUAAUUUAAACAUCAAAUGGACCGCACCUGCUUCCGUCGCUUCCAAGGAGAGGGACUAGGUCGUAGGAUUGGCUAAUCGCAACAACGUAGUUGACUCCUGGCUAUGUCGGGCUUUCCACCCCCCGGCGCCGGCGGGUGGCCGGGCAUGCGGCCGCCGAUGAUGGGACCUCCGGGCAUGAUGAAUAUGAAUCCCAUGAUGAUGAACAUGAAUAUGAUGAACGGCAUGCCGCCGCAGGGAAACGCGAUGCUGAACCCGCAGCAACAGAUGCAGCAAAUGCAGAUGAUGAUGCAACUACAAAUGCAGCAGAUGCAGCGCAACGCCGUUCCGGGCGGGGCCGCGUUUGGCGGGAAGAUGCCUGGUCGCGUUGGCGACAUGGCGCACGCGCUCGCGUCGUCCACUGCCAAAAGCAAGGCGCCCGCAAUGCACACGAUGCGAAACUUCGGCGCCUCCGGCCAGGCGGUUUACGAGAACAAGCCGCCCCACGUACUGCGGGACCAGCACCAGAGCAGCAACCCGGAAAUAAACGGCAACCCCGCAGAUCAUCCGGAAGUAGAACUAAACAACGGGACGACCACCGUUCCCCCCGGCGCUACCCCCGUUCCCCCCGGCUUGUCCGGAGUGCCCCCUAAUUUUCAUCAAGCUGGCGUCGAUGCGUCUAAUCUUGGCUCCGCGAUCGUCCCGAAAUCAGGCUCGAUAUCCUCCUCGGCGGGCGACGCGACCAGCAAAACCGCCGCAUACAGCUCUCCGCCGACUACGGCCGCGGCUGUUCCCACGACCGCCUCCACGGUGCCGCCCCUAUCCGGCACGAAGGGACCCGGGCCGGAGGGGGAUAACAUAAUUUCCUCGUCUCCCAAAGAUAAGAAAGUGACGCCGGACCCGAUCGUCAUCGUCAGCCGGAUUCCGCAGGACCUGCCCGACGAGUCCCUCCGGGCCAUCUUCGGCUGCUGCGGCCGGAUCGUGAAAUGGGACCGGCAGACCGACCCGGUCACGAACGUGCCCGCAAAGUUCGCGUUUUGCCACUUCGGCAACAUACGGGAGGUGAACGCGGUGAUGACCUUUCUCAACGGGGACGUCGAAAAAGAAGGGCUGCCCGCCAUGAAAAUUUUGAACCAGUCUUUGAUGCUCAAAGUCUCCGCCGAGAUGCAGGCGGAUUUGGAAGAGUUCCGAGCGGAGGAGCGCACAAAAUUCCGGGAAGCCAACCCCAACCUCUGCCAAAAGACCCGGGUCAAGGUACAGAAGGUUUUUUUGAAAAAUAUCCGCUUUGGUUGUUCGGGGCUAGAGGUACAACUCAGCUUCAUUCAUAGAGUUUUGUUCGAAAACUCCCGUACUACGGCGUAAAGUAUCCAGAUAUCAGGGAAACGAAUGUUCACCGCUGAUAAUUGCCGUCCCUAUCGUGUUUUACUACUAACUAGCCUCAACUUUACCCAAAAACAUCAAACUCAGGAGGGAAGCGAUGGGUCAGAUAUCGAGAUGAUUCCAAUGGCUGACGACGAGGUGGACUCUUUGCUGGCGAGCGAAAUGGACACGGUUCGCACGGCAUUACUAGAGAAUAUUGCGGCCGCAGACCGUAUCAAAUGCAAAAAUGUCUAGGUCUGGAAACUUGUAAUGCUAAAAGUUAAUGAUAGACGCACUGCAAUACGCAGCUACGCAUGACAAAUUCUUUGGCAGCCAUGUCUUACGUAUUCCGCAUGGCAAACUGCGUUUUUGCAUGACAGGCAAGAGGGCCUUUUUGUGCCUAUGCAACACAGAUUCUCGAGUCAUGCCAGACUAGCAUGACAAAUCUCGCAAUCUCCCAGACCCAGACAUAUUUGCAGUUGAUAGACCGGGAGUACGAGCAAUUUUUGCAGACGGUCACUCCCGAGCAGCGGAAGGAGCGGGAGCGCAAGAUUCAGGAGCAGGAGCGCGCCCUCGAGGAGCGUAAGCGCAAGUUGGAGGACGAGAAGAGGAGAGCGGACGACCUGGCCCGCAUCAGAAAGGAACUGGCCGAGUCAAAGGGGAAGCGGGACGAAGCGGCUAAGAAAGACAAGGAGAAAGAGCCGGAGGAACGAGACCCCGUGAAAAAACCCGAAAACCGAAGGCCACACCGGAAGGUACUACACUACCGAUACUUCUUCGCAAGAAAAGACCUUGCAUGCGUAUACAGGACAUCAACAUGAUCGUGGUUUUAUUUUUUUGUCGUGAGCUGCUUGUGCUUUUCCAAUCCCAGCAGACUACAUGCCGGGUGUUCUCUAGAAUAAGAAAUGGGGUCUAGUACUCCUGCUCACCCUUCUGAUCGACAACUGUUUCCAGGAGCGAGACCGCGAGGAACGCAUCGCGGAAGAGGAGCGACGGCAACGUCGGGAAGACGACACCGCUGUUCGAAAUUUCGAGAGACGCGAGCAAGAAAAGCUCCAGGAAUUCCGCGACGAGCUGAAGCGGCUCCAGGUCACGGAGUCGUCCUCGGGAACGGUCACCAGAAUAGCUGACGGUAUAAAUCACUGCUUGAUUCUUUACAAGUACUGCGGACACACGUCUUUGUACAAUUGUUAUUGAGUGCCUAGAUUCAGCAAGAUGAACUUGAACAAAGCAACAAGCCCCGGAAAUGAGAAAAAACCACACCCAAAAUCAACUACAGCGGACAUGCGGAUGUCGGAUCGUCGAGCGGAGCUGCUCGCAAAGGACCAGGUUCGUACGGACCUGUACCUGGCUCGCGCCCCCCGGCCCCGGCGGUCGCGGCGACGGGCCUUCCCCGGGCUGGAAGCCCGAAUGAAGCAGCACAUGAAACGCGAACUCGACGAGGACGAGGAGGACCUGGAAAAGGAACGACAGGAGAACGCCGAGCGGGAGAAGGAAGCGAUUCGGAAGGAACAGCUGGAGUUGGAACAGCGACUGAAAGCAGACGAGGAGCGCAAAACGCGAGAAGCCGUCGAACGGUUGACGGGCACAAGCGACCUGCGGCGCCGGCGGCGGUCGCCGAGUGGCGAUCGGAGGGGACGGCGACGGCACAGCCGGGAGCGCAGCAAUAGACGGGGCGAUCGGGAUGAACCGUCGAGGGCGCGCCCGCAGAAAGAUCUGCAGGCUUUGAUCCAAACCAUUCCCGAGGGCGACGCAGUCUUUGACUACCCGAUCAAUUGGGGAAUCAUCGACAAAAACGAAUUACUGGAGUUAAAGGUAUAGGUCUAUUUACGCAUAAAUUGCUUUCGACGCUUGCGGCCAAAGUGCUUCGCUCUGGCUAGCCAGAGUGCUUCGCAGCUAGGUUGCCUCGCAUGCUGGUAGCACGGCUUUAGUACUGCUUUAGCGCACUGCUUUAGCGCACUGCUUUAGCGCACUGCUUUAGCGCGCUGCUUUAGCGCACUACUUUAGCACGCUGCUUUAGCGCACUACUUUAGCGCACUACUUUGGCGCACUUUCGCGCACUGCUUUAGCGCACUGCUUUAGCGCACUACUUUAGCGCACUACUUUAGCGCACUACUUUAGCGCACUGCUUUAGCGACGAGGACUUGAUUGGCUCGGCCGACCUGUUGUAGUCUUCAUUUUUUUUUGGAAAGGAAGUAGAUGAAAUGAGUCCCACUCCUAUACUAAAGUCGAAAUGCAGUUGGUGUAAUCUGUUCAUUUUAUUCUCACAGGUCAAGCCGUGGAUCACGAAGAAGGUGAAAGAGCUGUACGACAAAGAGGAGGCGUCUGUGAUUGACUACAUUUACUCGGUGGUCCAGAAGGUGAAGACGCAAAAAAUGACGACCGACGACAUGCUGGCGGAGCUGGACAAAUUUCUCGACGACGAGACGCAAAAGUUUUGCAUCAAGCUCUGGCGCUGCAUAAUUCUCUACACGCUGCACUACAUUGACGACUCCCAAGGGGAUUAGAGUUGAACCCAAUAUCAAAGAACUCCGAUUAUAUUAGCGACACAGAAUCUACUUGUUCCCAAUGACUGAUCCAACGCGUGGUGGUGGGCAUCUUCUCGGUGGGAGAUCCAUCACCGGAUGCUGUUCAUCUUCCCGGGAGCGCUGUCAAAGAUUGACUCCUUCCUCCCUGAGACGACUAGAAAAGAUGAUUUUAAAACGACACAACCCAGCACGUUGCCUUACAACAAAAGGGGGUCUCUCUGAUUACAUGGAGUUUUUUUUUUCGAGCCCGAGUCCAGUAGAGUUGUACUGUUCUUUUUUUUCUUACAGCUUUCGUGGCACCGAAAGAGACUACUUAAUCAAAAGAGCGAGGAGUUCGGGCAAAAGAGAGAGGGCGUGUCCGAAUUUUCAAUUUGGUCGGAGAGGGAGAUGAUAGAACUCUGCCUGGUUACGCGAGCCCAGCAGGCUUAGGCCGAUGUGGCCUGCUGAAGUUUGAAGUGAUGCCUCAAGCAUUUUUAUCGUUUUUCUUCCUCCUGUCGUGUCCGCGUUCGUGGUCCACUGCAUUGAAAAAUCCCGUCUUGCUCAAGAUCAAAUUUGAAUACGUUGAAUGAAACUGUUUUUAUCCGUGUUUGUUGCACUACUCGCUCAGGUGCACACUGGAAUUGGAGCUUCGCGCUGCGCGGGAACGAAUACAGGAAUUGCAACGGCGGACCGAAGAGAGGAGGCCCGACACAAGGGGCGGUGGUCGUGCACUAGAAGGGCCAGAAGAUCAUGCCGGCGCCUAUGCCUGCCCGGAAGAAGUGGCAGAAAAUGAUCGGGAGCAUGUGCAAGGCAGCCAGGGAGCAGGCUCUGCUUCGUCCGCACUGCAUCUCCUCCCGAAGGCCGCACCGGGCGAGGCAGUGUUCCAUCCACCCGUCGACCCUGGUCUGCAGGGAAGUUGUGGUGCAGCAGCAGCAGCUCCAUCCGAGGAGCAGAACGCCGUGGAUGCGCUGUUUCAAAAACUGGACCGCAACGACGACCUGGUGCAGACGUUGUACCAAGAAAUGCAAACGUUGCGGCUGCAGAACGCCAGCUACAAAAAACAAUCGGAGCGCAAGGACGUGGAGCUCCAGCUGCAGGACGAGCGGUGGCGGGAGGAGUUCCAGUGUUUUAAGCUGCAGAAGGAAGAACUGCAGAAGACUUGCCGUGCGCUGAGUACCAAGAACUCGCGCGUCAACGCACUGCUCGCGGAAACGAAGGAGUUGCAACAGCAACAGCUCGCGUACAAAGAGCGGCUGGACGCGGUGCGCGCGCGGAAUACAAAAAUCGAGGCAGACGCGAAGCACGCGGAGGGGACAAUCAGUGCGUUGCGCGAGCAAGAAGGGAGAAUAAAGGAAAAAUUGCGGGAAGAGAUACGCAAGUGCGACGUACUUGCAUCCGAGAAGAAAGAACUCGAGGCCGGUCGGGUGAAACUCCUGCAAGAUCUGAGUAAGUACCUAUCUAUCGUAGGGUUGACUCUCUUGAGUGCGAGAAGUUGCGUUUUUGCGUCGCCGCAGCACGAUCAGGUUGAAGAUCUCAGCACAGUCAUGUCAUUAAGUAAUGAUUUUCGCGUUCUAGUACUUCAACGACCCAGAGGACGGUGCAUCAGUGGGUGCGUUGUAUCAUGCCCUUCAACUACAAAAGACAACUCCGUCUGCCGACAGGUGCAAAGGCAAACGAGGUCGAGUCAAGCGGCGAGGAGUUGGAGGGGUUGUCGCGUCGCGCCGACGAGCUCGCGGAAAAAAACGAAGAACUGCUGGCGCGGAACGAUGACUUGGAAAAAGCGGAGUCCGGGUACCUAGAAACCAUCGACGCCCUUCGGCGGGAAAACGAGAGUCUGCAGGUAUUUUUAGAAUCAGUUCGCCACCAAUGUCCUGCGCGGCUUUUGUACGACUUCAUCAGGUCUUACAGAACUUCACGAAAGAAGCAUGCUUGUCGUCCCGUCACAUCACACAAAGAACCAUGAUUCCCACUACCCAGUUGAUGGCGGACAAUUUGCGAGGCGAGUUGCGCCUGGCGUUUCAGGAAAAGGAGGCGGUGAAGGCGGAGUACCAGGAGAACGUACAGAAAAUGGACCUCUGGCGCAACCGCUGCUUGGUUCUGGAACCCGAACUCGCGGACACCACGCGACACAACAUUCGCCUGGAAGAAAAACUAAAAUACCUCGAGCAAGAGCUGUUGCACGUACUGAAGAAGACAGUUCAAUUACAAUUUCAUCUCUGAGUUCUACUUAUUUGUGCUAAACAAGUUGUUGUCAAACGGUCAGCAUGGGAGCACUCCUAAUGUCAGUGUGCUGGAUCGUGGUCAACUUCUUGCAUUUCAUGUUUAUUCUGCGACCUCCGCGUAGCCCACCACGAAAAUGAUCUUUCUGCACAGGAAUCCGAGCAGCGCGCAAAGUUUCAACGCGAGGCACUUUUGAAUGUGGAUAAGGCCCGUGGAUUGUCCAGAAAGUGUGAGCAUCUGAGCGACAAAAUCUCACUCGCGGAGCACCGGAAUACCUCCCACUUUCAGAAAGUUUUGGAGCAGCAGCAGCAGCUCACGCCCGCAGGAGCUGUUGGAGGAGCCACGGGGCCCUCGCCGGUUGCGGGGUCAGGGAACAAGGGAGGAAGCAAAAACCCCAAGACAGCGGCGUCGAUAGACUUUCUGCGACGGCAUGUACAGAAGGAGGAAGAGCGCAUUCUGCGGAGCGCAGAUAGUGGCUCAAAAACGUGUUGAAUCGCCACGAAGCUCCUGUACGAACAAGUCAUAAAAACAAGAAGUCGUAGUGACAUUCAUCGCGGCUUCAUCGACUUUUCUUGCGCAUCUUCUUGGUUUUACCCUGUCUGAUAUAAGCUACGUCGCCGCAGAGCUGGAAUGCUCCGGCGGACUUGCGAC